AGACGCGCUGUGUGAUUGCCUGGGAGAGAGGAAGGCGCUCCAGUUCCGGGUCAGGCCCUUCUCCCGCCUCCCUCGGCCUUAGCCAUGGCGAGUAGCAGCGGUGCUGGGGCGGCGGCGGCGAAUCUGAAUGCGGUGCGGGAGACCAUGGACGUUCUGCUUGAGAUUUCAAGAAUUUUGAAUACUGGCUUAGAUAUGGAAACUCUGUCUAUUUGUGUACGGCUUUGUGAACAAGGAAUUAACCCAGAAGCUUUAUCAUCGGUUAUUAAGGAGCUUCGCAAGGCUACUGAAGCACUGAAGGCUGCUGAAAAUAUGACCAGCUGACUUUCUGGAGAAAUUCUGAUGAGAUAUGUCAAGCUCUGCAAGAGGAUUUGAAGAUUGCAUUGUAGUUGAGAAUGUACAAUGAAAUUACUGCAUGCAGCAGUGUAGAAAAAUUUUACUUUUUGAAAGAAUUAUAAAACCAUAGCUUUAUAAAUCAGUGGAAAGUGGCUUACAGAGAGAACUAUCAGAUGUGUUUACAUCACAUCUUAUUCACUUUUUUUAACAGCUCUAAUGCUUUGGCAUUGCUAUGUUCAUAUUUAUGUAUUCCUUAUUUAUAGCUCUGAUAGCUUUAAUUUUCUAAGCAGUCUAUCUAUCAGAUGUGCACAUCUGCUGUGCCAGGUUGAAGUAUAGUGGAACCCAUCAGUAGUAAUGUGUAGUAGUUAUGACUUGUUGACAUUUCCAUUAUAAACUUUAAUUUUGAAUUGUUUAUGCAUUAUAACUGUGGAUUUAUAUUGUAUUGGGCUGAAAGUUGACAGGAUUUCAGCCACCAUUUGUGAAUUUUUAUUUAGAUUCAUUAUGUAUAUCAGAAUCUUGUUUUUUGAAAUAAGAGCAUGGAAAACAUUUCUUGUAAUCUACUCUUGAGCAAAGAAUAUUUAGUUUUUUAAACAGUUUGUUGGGCAGCUAAUAGUGUGAACCAGGUCAUUUUUGUAUUGAGUAAAAAAUCAAACUUUGAGAAACUUGGAUUUUAAAAGUAAUGACAAUGCUUAGGUUAGUAUUAUUUGUAAUUUGAAUCAUUUACAUCUAAUGAGAAUGUUAGUUGAGAAUGUUUUCUUAAAGUUUUAUAUCCUAUAAAUAAAGGAAUAAAAAAAUUUGUGAAAUGAAACAGCAAACAUGCAAAAUUCCUAUUUACUUUUAUUACAUAAAAGUAAUUUUAGUGCUUACCUAAUAAAUCUUGAAUGGUUAUUUAAUAAAUUAUUAGAUGGGUGAUGUGUUUCAAAAGAUACUUGCUAUUUUUUGAAGAAAUAAGGAUUUCCAGUCAUUAAACAAAACUAAACAAUCUUAUUAGAUGGGUGAUGUGUUUCAAAAGAUACUUGCUAUUUUUUGAAGAAAUAAGGAUUUCCAGUCAUUAAACAAAACUAAACAAUCAAAUGUUCUAUAUUAGGAAUCUUAAGUAUGGCUUUUUUUUAAAAAACCUUCUUAACAUCUUGAUGUCAAGGAUUAUAAGUAUGGCUUUUCAGAAUUGUUUUGUUUGUCAUUAUUUUUGCCUUUAAAAUUUUAACUCAUCAAAGUGAAGAUUAAAAAUAAAUUUUAGAAAAUGUAGAAUAGUAUUGAUUCUGUUCCUGUAAUAGAAUCUCAGUGGAGUUUUUUUGCAAAACUAAUAUGGAUUUCAUCUGAUUUUAUUAUUUCUUAAACUUUAGAUUUUAUUGGGUACCAUUUAUAUGAUUGUACAAGCAUUCACUCUUCAGUAGCAUUUUUUGUUUUUCAGACAAGCUGAAGUGGUUUUAUUAAGAUUUAGUAAUAUUUAAAUAGCAACCUUCUCUGCCUUUUUUUUUUUAAUAUAGAAUUUUGACCAUUUUGACUUUUUAAAUGCCUGGCAUCUUUACCAAGUAAACUGGAAGAUCUGUUACUGGUAGAACAGGUUGAGGAGACAGUAGGAAUUUGUAAAAAGUCAUUUGAUUGAUAAUCAACACUACAAAUACUAUGUGUUAUUUAUAAAAUCAUAAAGAACACUUUUGUCAAACUCCAAAAUUUGUAUAUACUUCCAGGACAUAAGAGUUGAUAGUAUUAUUUAUGACUUUGUAGAUUAAGUUAUUUAUGUAUGAAACAAAGCAGGAAAAUAUAUUGAGAAGGGAUUGUGUUUACAGAGGACUUCUUUAAAGUGUCACAUUUUUAAAAUGUAAACAUUUUUAAUGCAUACUUAAGUAAUAUUUAAGAAACUAAACAAAAUAAUGAUACAAUUGCAGUGUUGUGCUUGUUGUCAGUGACAAAAAUAAAACCAUUUUGGUGGUA